ACUACUUUUUCUGCCAAAUUUGUUGUAUAACAUGUUUUGGUGCUUAAUUUGUAAAAUCAUAACCUAAUUUGAUGUUUAAUAGGCUUUUCCUUAAUCCCUCCUUAUUAUCCAAGAUAUUCGCUUAUCCAACAUUCUGCCGGCCCGUUUAUGUUGGAUAAGUGAGACUCUACUGUAUAUUGAAAACAUGGACUACAAAAAUGCCUUGGAUAAUCCAGACUCUACUGUAAUUAUAUUUUGUAAUAUAUUGCAUAUUUUGUAAAUUAAGGCAGAUUCAGUUUCAGUCAUUCCCAAAUGUAGGUGCACCCCUUAGCACUGAGUCAAGUGGUGCCAAACCGCAUUACAGUAGAGUCUCACUUAUCCAACACUUGCUUAUCCAAGCCUCUGGAUAAUCCAAGCCAUUUUUGUAGUCAAUGUUUUCAAUAUAUCGUGAUAUUUUGGUGCUAAAUUCGUAAAUACAGUUAUUACAACGUAACAUUACUGCAUAUUGAACUACUUUUUCUGUCAAAUUUGUUGUAUAACAUGAUGUUUUGGUGCUUAAUUUGUAAAAUCAUAAACUAAUUUGAUGUUUAAUAGGCUUUUCCUUAAUGCCUCCUUAUUAUCCAACAUAUUAUUCACUUAUCCAACAUUCCGCCGGCCCGUUUAUGUUGGAUAAGUGAGACUCUAGUGUAAUUCAGAGUUUCUAGAUUGACCAAAAGUAUGGAAACGCCCUAUGGACAAUUUGUGAAUUUAAUUCGCGGGCGCCUCUUUAAGAAAGGGGCGUCCUUAAGGCUCCCGCCUGUGCCCCUCCCUGGCAGGAGAGGGCGGGGAAAGGGGCGCGCCCUGUAUGCAAAUUCCCCGAGCCCGUGACGCGGUGUAUGCAAAUUCCCCGGGCGCCUAGCAGAAAAGCAAAAGUUCGCCAGUGGAGCGGCUGCGUCCCCAGAGCGAGCCUGAACAUGGCGCUGGGAGGAGGAGGAGGAGGAGGCGUCAGAGGAGGAGGGGGCUCCUUAUGGGGGGCUCUGCUGCUCCUGGUGGCGGGACUGAGGCUCCUGGGGGCCAGCCACGCCGCCGCCCCUUCCUCCCCGGUGCCCUUGAUCCUGGGCAUGAGGCUGGACCACACGGACAACCCAGACCCAGAGGUGCAAGACUAUGGCAUCAUCCAGGUGUUGGAAGGCACCCACAUUAUGCUACGCCUCUACGGGCUCCACCUGCCCAGCCGCCUCUACGAGAUGGUCUCCUUCUCCGAGGUGGGCCUGGGUGGGAGCGCCAACUCGAGCAGCGCCAACGCCACCUGCCUGGAGAAGACCCAAGACUUGGUGGUCCAGCCAAGGACGGUGCCUGGGGGCGUCCGGGGCCACUCGGCGGUCAUCGCCGUCCACGUCCAGCUGCUCCGCAAAGCGGAGAAGUCCAAGCUGUACGUCCUGUGCACCCGGAGCGACGUGGGGCGUCCGUGGGUGGCGCUGGCGGGCGAGGACGCCUUCCUGCGCGUGGUGGAGGAGAAGAAGCACCUGCUGCCCCUCUGGCUGCAGAUCAUCCUCAUCCUGGCCUUGCUGGUGCUCUCCGGCAUGUUUAGCGGACUCAACUUAGGCCUCAUGGCGCUGGACCCCAUGGAGCUGCGCAUCGUCCAGAACUGCGGCACCGACAAGGAGAAGCGCUACGCUCGCAAGAUCGAGCCCAUCCGCCGGAAGGGCAACUACCUUCUCUGCUCGUUGCUUCUGGGCAACGUCCUGGUCAACACGACCCUCACGAUCCUUCUGGACGAUCUCAUCGGGUCCGGCUUGGGCGCCGUGGUGGCCUCCACCUGUGGCAUCGUCAUCUUCGGUGAGAUCGUCCCCCAGGCCUUGUGCUCCCGUCACGGCUUGGCGGUCGGCGCCAACACCAUCGUGCUCACCAAGUUCUUCAUGCUGCUCACCUUCCCGCUCUCCUUCCCCAUCAGCAAGCUCCUGGACUGCGUCCUUGGCCAGGAGAUCGGCACCGUCUACAACCGGGAGAAGUUAGUAGAGAUGCUGAAGAUCACGGAGCCUUACAACGACUUGGUCAAGGAGGAGCUCAACAUGAUCCAAGGUGCGCUGGAGCUGCGGACCAAGACGGUGGAGGACGUCAUGACCCCGCUCCACGACUGCUUCAUGAUCAACAGCGACGCCGUGCUGGACUUCAACACCAUGUCGGAGAUCAUGGAGAGCGGCUACACCCGCAUCCCCGUCUUCGAGGACGAGCACUCCAACAUUGUGGACAUCCUCUACGUCAAGGACCUGGCCUUCGUGGACCCCGACGACUGCACCACCCUCAAGACCAUCACCAAGUUCUACAACCACCCCGUCCACUUCGUCUUCCAUGAUACCAAGCUGGACGCCAUGCUGGAGGAAUUCAAAAAGGGAAAGUCCCACCUGGCCAUUGUCCAGAAGGUGAACAACGAAGGUGAAGGUGAUCCCUUCUAUGAGGUGCUGGGCCUGGUGACACUGGAGGACGUCAUCGAGGAGAUCAUCAAGUCGGAGAUCCUGGAUGAAUCCGACAUGUACACUGACAACCGCUCCAGAAAGCGAGUGAAUAACCAAAAGAACAAGAGGGACUUCUCUGCCUUCAAAGACAAUGACACGGAGUCCAAGGUGAAGAUCUCACCCCAGCUGCUCUUGGCUGCUCACCGGUUCCUCUCUACAGAGGUGAACCCAUUCAGUCCGGCCCUAAUUUCGGAAAAGAUCCUCCUGCGCCUGCUCAAACACCGGGACGUCAUCAACGAGCUGAAGUUUGACGAAGAGAACAAGAAGGCACCACAGCACUUCCUCUUUAACCAGAACAAGCCGGCUGACUACUUUAUCCUCAUCCUACAGGGCAAAGUAGAGGUAGAGGCUGGCAAGGAGAACAUGAAAUUUGAGACUGGACCUUUCUCCUAUUAUGGGGUGAUGGCUUUGAACCCAAUAGUCCCAACAACUCCUGUCACCAUCCAUCGCUCAGCCAUCAAACCACGAGGGUCUUUGUAUUCCAGGGUAUCAGUUUCAGAGGUGCGCUCUCCGUCCCACAUGAGCAACCUGAACCGCUCGGCCUCCCUCUGCUACCACGAGCGCUCCGACUCCAUCUCCUCCACCUUCAGCGGCAGCAACAACCAGCUCAGUGCCAACGCCAGCGCCCAAUACAUCUCCGACUUCAGCGUCCGCGCCGUCACCGACCUGCAGUUCAUCAAGAUCACCCGCCUCCAGUACCAGAAUGGUCUGAUGGCCUCGCGCCUCGAAAGUUGCCCCCAGUCUCCCGAAGGGGUUCCCCCGAAAGUGGACACCUCCUUGUCAGAAAAGGGGGACUCCUUGUCAGUGACCAAUGAAACGGGUGGCCUUUUGAAUGAGAGAAACUGCCAGCCCCACAAGCUGAACCACAGCCCCACCGACAGCGUGGUCUGACCCCGGCCUCUGGGCGACCGGGACGGGACCCCGGUUCGCCUGAAAUGCACCUUCCCUUCCAAAGACUCACCUGUGCCCGAAGAGAGGGGAUUGGGACGCUCCAGGCCUCCCCAACAAACCUCCAGUUGCGGUAUCAUGCCAAGGGGAGCGGCAACUUUCCAGCAAACGUAGUCACCUCCUCAUUUUCUCUUUCCUGCGGCAGGGUGGGUCCCGCCUCUCUUAAGGGAAUUAAUUAUGGGUGCCGAUCAGAAGAAAGCUGGUUUUGGAUACUAAAGGGAAUCCUGGUUAUGGAAUGUUGGAUCCCCCGAUCCGGAUUCACCCCGAUUUGUGUUUGGGGAACGAAGGAAGACUUGGCUAUCCAGUGGAUCUUACAAAGGGAGCUCACCUGCUGCUGUUCUUCUACGCUGGCUUUUUACCUUCCGUUGUGCAGAAAGUUUGAAUGAACCUACGGAGAUAAUGAUCCGGCUGGCUCUCCCCGGCCUGCGUGGAAAGGAGACGUCCCAUUCCAAAGACUGGCCAACUCUGGUUUUCUCUUCUGUUGCUGACGACGUGAAAGGGGCCUCCGUUCCAGAAGCCCAUCGGUACAGGAACGGCGCAAACCUCACCAGGAGGAAACGAGAACGGUAGCCAUAGCCAUUAGCAGUUGUCUGUGGAUCAGUCAGGAAUCUUUUUCCCCCCAUCUCAGGGAGUUCUGAAUCUUGUAUGUUGUCUGCGGAGAUGGUCUAUUUUAAUUCUAUUUUUAUAAAAAAAACCAAGCACAUUGGGCAAAGGGCAGAAGUAUCUGGAGAAGGUUUAAAAGUUGGUGGGAUUUGUCGCUUCUGCCUCUGUUUAGGGGCGAUCACUAUUUAUUUCCCCAGGAAAAUAAUAAUACUCAAGGAAACAAAACAGAGCCAAGUAAUCAUAAAACUAGAUUCUGGAAUGAACUAUUUUAAACUUUUUAGAAACAUUGCUUUUUUUGGACAACAAUUCCCAGAAUUCUGGGAGAUGUAAUACCCAAAAGGGAAUUUUUCAAGCUCUGGAACGGUUCACUUCAUAGUGCGAGUUAGCGCUUACCUGCCUUUUAGAAACAACAGCCAAAAAGAAGGCUAGAUUUGAACUUUUCUCCCCAAUGUGCUCUUUUUUUUUGUCAAAAAGGUCUGUUCGUUUUUGUCGGGUUGUGGGUUAUUUACAGGAGGGAAUAUCCCCUUGCUUUUGGUACUCUCCCUCCUCUGUGUACAAAUUGGGCCAAGGAAACGAAUCCCAAGGAACUUAUUUAAUUAAUAAAGGCUACAUGAAAUGAACCCCCCCCCCCGGCUUUUGGUUUUGGAAAAUAAAAGGCAAAGGCACACACACAUCUCACACAAGACGUUUAGUAAUGUCAUAUUGUGUACACAAAGACAAGUACGCAAAAACAGCUUUCCCACCAAUUGUAGAAUUUUCUUUUCCCGCAUUUGUUUCCAGAUCACUUUCUUGGGGUCUAGAAUUUCAGAAAUUUCUAAAGUGUUUUUAUUCUUCGGGAGAGCUGGAAAUGUUCAUAAAAAUUGAAGGGAAAACACAUUCACGCCUUUUCAGAUUACAGCAAUUUCAGUAACGCAAUAUGCAUAAUGCAAUGUUUUUAACACAUGGAUGAAGGGUUUCUCUAAUUCUGCUUCAAGGCAGUACUCACAAGAGCUCCUUCUUUGGCCCAAAUAAUAAUAAAAAAUACUAUGCAAGAGGCCAAGAUCCAUGAGAAUGGGCUCCGUUUCCCCCUCUUUAAAUGGAUUUGAAAUGAUCUCCUUGGGAUCGAUGUGCUUUGGGACAGCUUUAAUGUAAUUGGACUGUCGUGUGUGUCUUUUACGCGAAUGUAGCUUUCUGUUUGACUUUUAAAAGUUCUCAGUUGUGUGCGGGGAUCAUUGGGGUGAUAUUUCCCUUUUUAAAAAACUCUUACUGUUAUUAUUAUUAUUAUUAUUAUUAUUAUUAUUAUUAUUAUUAUUAUUAUUAUUAUUAUUAUUAUUAUUAUUAUUCCUAAGGAAAGCACAGUGGUUUCUCAACAUUGGCCCCUUUGUGGGUGGCAUGAUGUAAUUUAUUGUAUUUUUUUCCUCCUGAUUUUAAAACACUAAACUGAAGAUCCUAGCUCCCCUGGGGGAGAUAUGCUUUUUUAAAAAUGGAAAUAAAUAAUACCAAAUCAAA